CCGGUGGCCGGGACUGGCCGGGGCGGGCGGCAGCGGGGCGCGGCGCGGCGCGGGCUCACCAUGAUCGUGUGUCCCCAGAGCAUGGAGCACCCCCGAGGAAGCCGGUGCCAGCGGCUGCAGGGGCAGGUGGUGAAGAUGUCCGGCAGCGAGCCGGAGCGUCCCCAGUUCCUGUUCGUGAAGGCGCUGGCGAGCCGGGGGCGGCUGGAGGCGGUCACCCAGCAGAUGGGCUACCACCCGCAGUACCUCGACACCUUCCUCAAGACCCAGCACUACCUGCUGCACAUGGACGGCCCGCUGCCCUUCGACUGCCGCCACUACAUCGCCAUCAUGGCGGCCGCCCGGCACCGCUGCAGGUACCUGGUGAACCUGCACGUGCUGCAGUUCCUGCGCGUGGGAGGCGAUCCCCAGUGGCUGCGCGGCCUCGACUUCAUCCCACCCAAGCUCCGCAACCUCAGCGAGAUCAACAAGAUCCUGGCCCACCGGCCCUGGCUCGUCACCAAGGAGCACAUCGAGAAGCUGCUGAAAAUCAGCGAGUGGAGCUGGUCGCUGGCGGAGCUGGUGCACGCGGUGGUGCUGCUGGCGCACUGCCACGCGCUCGCCAGCUUCGUGUUCGGCUGCGGCUGCGAGCAGGAGGAGGGGCCGGGCGGCCGGGGCCCGCUGAAGCCCCUCUCGCCCGGGAACCAGUGCUUCUGCGAGGCCGCCAGCGGGAACGGCUGCAACCAGGAGCUGCUGCGCAUCGGUCGCAAGCGGUCCCUGGAUUCCUGCAUGGAGCUGGAUUCUCUCCGGGAGCGGAUCCAGCGGAUCCACCUGGAGACGGAGGGCAGGGAGGAGACGAGGCCGCUGCAGCAGGACCGAGAGGAAGACCUCCGUGGGGAAGUCACCGGCGCCACCAACCUCGCGUGCUACCUGCAGGACCCCGAUUUCGGAUACCAGGACUUCGCCCGGCGCGACGAGGAUCAGACGCAGGUAUUCAGGGUCCAGGAUUACUCCUGGGAAGACCACGGCUUCUCGCUGGUGAACCGGCUCUACUCGGACAUCGGGCAUCUCCUGGAUGAGAAGUUCCGCGUGGUGGACGCUCUGCAAAGCAGCGCCAUGGCCAAGCGGCAGGGCUGCGAACCCUCGGUCUUCAAGCGGGGCAUCUGGAACUACAUCCACUGCAUGUUCGGCAUCAGGUACGACGACUACGACUACGCGGAAGUGAAUCACCUCCUGGAGCGAAUGCUCAAAGUUUACAUUAAAACCGUCACCUGCUACCCGGAGAAGACGAACCCGGAGAUGUUUGACAGGUUCUGGAAGCAGUUCAAGCACAGCGAGAAGGUGCACGUGAACCUCCUCAUCCUGGAGGGCAGGAUGCAGGCCGAGCUGCUCUACGCCCUGCAGGCCAUCACCCAGUACAUGGUCUCGUAGGGGGCGGGGAGCUGCCUCCUCUCCCCCGGACUCGCGCGUGCCCCGGCGCGCUGGGACGGACGGCGAGGGAUUACUCCGUUUACUUCACUUGACUGUCUCGUUCUCCUUUUCCUUUUUUUUUUUUUUUUUAUUUUUCCUCUCCUCGUGGGGCACGCUGAGUGGCCCCCGUUAACGUGCAAUUACCAAACUGUGAGGCAAGUCCGUGCUGCUGAGAUGUCAGUGUGAUGCUGGAGGCUCGAAGGUGUCCGAGGGCGACGGCCGGAGCCGCGGGGCGGGAGAGCGCCCGGGCACCGGAGCCGGCUGCCCGCCCCGCGCCGACGCCGGGAGGGCUCGCGCUCGCCGCCGUGGGGCCUGCCGGUCAUCUCCACGUGCCAAAAGCCCUCCCGGCCCGGCGAGCGCUCCUGACCCACGCCGGCUCCGAACGGUGAAGCGCGCCGGCUCCGGGGGCUGCCGUGCCUUCCCGCGCCAGCUCUGGGCUUCCAGCCGGGCCCGCAGCUCCGGAGGGGCUAUAGAAACGAGGGCGGUCUCCGCGCUCGCCGGGGCUCGUACCUCCGUCCCGCAGCGGGGCCCCGCGCCCGCUCCGCCGCGACAGCGCUGCGGGACGCUGGGGCGAGGACGUCGCCCCCCCCUUCCCCGCCGGCUGCUCCCUCCCGCCCUGCGAGGGCGCAGCGGCGGCUGGGCUGGGAGCCCCGCUCGCCCGGGGCAGCGGCCGAGGAAGAGGAAGGGCUGGGGCCGCCCAUAGCCAGUGGGAGGCUGAAGCAAGGACAGCUGGAAAAGCCCGGUGCACACUGCUUCAGUCAACCUGUUUACUGCGUAAAUGUACGGGGAAAGAAAAACCUUGUGUAUGGGAGCUACAAAAAAAGCCUAUUUUUGCUAUAAAUAUAUUAUGUUUGA